UCGGGGGCGGGGCCUCCGUGGCCGCCAGGUGUCGUCGUUUGGAAAAGGACCGGGAAGGGGGUGGGGAAGGCGUCGCGCGCGCUUGAAGCGGGAAAGCUCCGGGUCUCGUCAGGAUGGCGGUCCGGCUGAGCGAGGGCUCUAUCGUGGCCAUAAUGCAAGGAGGGAACGUUGUGAAACCUGUUCUUCAGCUGAUUAACAUCCGACCGAUUUCCAGUGGGAACGGACCGCCACGUUACCGAAUGCUGAUGAGCGAUGGAGUGAAUACGCUUUCCUCCUUCAUGUUGGCAACACAACUGAAUUCGAUGGUGGACGACCAGAGCUUGAGCUCCAAUGCCGUCUGCCAGAUUAACCGGUUCAUUGUUAAUACCCUAAAAGAUGGAAGGCGGGUGGUUAUCUUGAUGGACUUAGAGGUGAUCAGAAGAGCUGAUGCCAUGGCUGCGAAGAUCGGCAAUCCGGUGCCGUACGCAGACGGCACUGGACAAGGAGGGACGCUCCCACAGGCUGGUGGGCCCACAGCCAACCAAGUGGCCAGCAGCACCCCCCUGCAGCAGAACGUGAGCUCAGCGGGAAACGUAGCCAAAUACAGCAGCCCUGCCAAGAUGGUUGGGAAGCCCAGCAGCUCCAGUUUCCUGACCACUCCUGGGGGCUCUCAGGCCAAAGUGGUGCCCAUUGCCAGCCUGAACCCCUACCAGUCCAAGUGGACCAUUUGUGCCCGGGUGACUCAGAAGGGCCAGAUCCGAACGUGGAGCAACUCACGUGGGGAAGGGAAGCUGUUCUCCAUAGAGCUGGUCGACGAAAGUGGGGAGAUCAGAGCCACAGCCUUCAACGAGCAAGUGGACAAGUUCUUCCCUCUCCUUGAGAUGAACAAGGUCUACUACUUCUCCAAGGGUCACCUGAAGACCGCUAACAAGCAGUACACGUCGAUCAAAAACGACUACGAGAUCACCUUCGCCAACGACACCUCCGUCAUCCCCUGCGAGGACGCCCAGCACCUCCCCUCUGUCCAGUUCAACUUUGUCUCCAUCAGCGACUUGGAGAAGGUGGACAAGGACUCCAUUGUGGAUGUCAUUGGAGUCUGCAAAAGCUACGACGACACCACGAAAAUCACUGUUAAAACCUCCAACCGGGAGGUCUCCAAGAGGGAUGUGCACCUGGUUGACAUGUCUGGCAAGAUGGUGACGGCCACUCUCUGGGGGACAGAAGCUGAGAAAUUCGAUGGCUCUCGGCAGCCUGUGGUGGCCAUCAAAGGAGCCCGUGUCUCAGAUUUCGGGGGCCGGAGUCUCUCUGUCCUUUCAUCCAGCACUUUCAUUGUCAACCCUGACCACCCGGAGUCCUUCAAGUUGCGAGGAUGGUUUGAUUCAGAAGGGCAGCUUCUGGAGUCCACCUCCAUCUCGAGCACACGAGGUAUGCCCAUGGCGGGUGGAAACACAUACUGGAAGACCCUGUACGAGGCCAAAGCAGAAAACCUGGGGCAGGGAGAUAAGGCCGACUACUUCAGCUGUGUGGGCACGGUGGUCUAUCUCCGGAAGGAGAACUGCAUGUACCAGGCGUGUCCCUCCCCGGACUGCAAUAAGAAAGUGAUCGAUGAACAGAACGGGCUCUAUCGCUGUGAAAAAUGCGACCGGGAAUUCCCCAAUUUCAAGUACCGCAUGAUCCUCUCGGUGAACAUUGCCGACUUUCAGGAGAACCAGUGGCUCACGUGUUUCCAGGAGUCUGCGGAGACCAUCCUGGGGCAGAACACCGUGUACCUUGGAGAGCUGAAGGAAAAGAAUGAGCGGGCAUUUGAAGAAGUGUUUCAGAAUGCCAACUUCUCCACCUAUGAAUUCCGGAUCAGAGUCAAGCUCGAGACUUUCAACGAUGAAUCGCGCCUGAAGGCGACCGCGAUGGAGGUGAAGCCUGUCAACCACAAGGAGUACGGCAAGCGCCUCAUCGCGGCUAUCCGGAAGAACGCCGCCCUGCUAGGCUGAGGUGUCGGCCAGCUAGGCGGCCAGCUGGCUUCAAGGCAGGACUGAGUCUCCUCUGUAGAACAAUAAGCCACCUAGGUUUAAGUUGGUUCCCCAUCCCACCUUCCGGCUGCCCCUUUGUUUGUUGGUGCCUGUUCCAAAAUGCCCGGCAGCCUUUUCUUGACGGACCUGCUCGACUCCUGUGGUGUGGCAGGCGUAGGAUGUGCUCGCUCACGGCAUCUCCCUGGGCUGGGCUGGGCUGGGCUGAGCCGGAAGGGAGAGUCUGCCAGGGCGGCAGAACUGGGGUGGGCUGGGGCCCUGUUGUUGUGAUUAGCCAAGACGAGAGGCCUGAAAGGUUGAAAAGGCCUCCUGUGUUUUUCACCCUGAAAUUCCCCAAAGGCUCCAAUUGGAGGAGGAGGAGGAGGAGGAGGAGGAGGCAACUGUGGCUUCUAGUCCUGGAUGGUGCGAUCCGGGUGGGCGCAGCCGGCUCUCUUCCUCAGUGCUCCCAGGAGGGCCCUCCGCCCCUCUCUUCCCCUUCUUCCCUGUGCCUUCAAAGACUCCCUCCCUCCCUCUCUCCCUUCUACAGGUGCCAGGCAGUUGUUAAUGCUUGGAAUGGCAAUACGGUAGAAUUAUUAAUCAAAGGCGUAUCUCUUCUAUCUGAAGAAUAUCCUUCCUUCAGGGUUUAAUAGACUGAGUCAGAUGGGCCUGAUAUUAAUCAAAAUUGUCUCUUCUGAGAGCAGCUGAUAAGCGUUGACUCUUCCUCCCCUUGGGAAAUCUCGGCAACUACAAAGCAGCCCUUUAGUUUUUCACUUCAAUUAAUAUUUCAUUUUUUUCCCUUCAGCUGCCGACUGUGGUGCCUUGCUACCUGUCCAUAUAUAUAAAACUUUUUUUUUUUUUUUUUGCGUUUGUCUGUGAACAAAAUUCCUUUUAGGCUUGUUUGUUACCAGCACAAAUGGCUGGGAAGCGCGCCUUCAAAAGGGGUUGGGUGGUGCUUUCCCCAUGUUUUUUCUCAAUAAAGAGCAUUUAGUUUCUG